GUAAAAUUAGAACUAUCAAUCAAAAAAAUCAAAAUGGAAUUGGUGACUUUGAAUUAAAGUGUAGCGCGAACAGAGAAUUACUGUCUACUGAUUUUAAAAGAGGAAUUGAUAAAAUUAGAAUGAUCAAUCAAAAUGGAAUUGGUGACUUUAAAUUAAAG